CCUUGUGCUGUAAACCCCGCCCCUCUGAAGGACUCCAGCGUGUCAUAGGAGAAGACUCCUGGGAAGGCGGAGGCCCACAGGGCGGGGGGCGGAGCCUGAGAAGGAAAGGUCGAACCAGAAGGGCAGAAGGCGGGACCUAAGGAGGGACGCAACUUUAAGAGGCAGGGAAAGGCCAAGGGGCAGGGCUUGGGAGAGAGCUGAAGCUGAGGGACUAACGGGAAGGAGCGGGGCCAAUGGUCCAGGGUGGUGCCUAGGGUGGAAGAGUGGGCUGGAGCGGGCGGGGCUAGCACGAAGGUGUAGGCCUGAGGGGAGGAGUCAGUAGGUGGGCAGGGCCUGUGGAAAAGCUGAGCCCAAGAGACCGCUGACUGCAAUUCUGGGAAUUCAACCAAAACACAGCAAGAAUGGUGUAUCUUUAUUCAACAAUUCCUGGGGCCUCAUAUAGGACACUUGAAUGCCUGCGGGUGACUUGAAGUUGGCAACAGACCACGGAAGCAUGAGCCAGGACAGCAAAGUGAAGACGACAGAGUCCAGCCCCCCUGCCCCAUUCAAGGCCAGGAAGUUGUUGCCUGUCCUAGACCCAUCUGGGGAUUACUACUACUGGUGGCUGAAUACAAUGGUCUUCCCAGUGAUGUAUAACCUCAUCAUCAUCGUGUGCAGAGCCUGCUUUCCUGACUUGCAACACAGUUAUCUGGUGGCCUGGUUAGUACUGGACUACACAAGUGACCUUCUAUACCUACUGGACAUUGUGGUGCGCUUUCACACAGGAUUCUUAGACCAGGGCAUCCUGGUGGUGGACAAGGGUAGGAUUUCAAGUCGCUAUGUUCGCACCUGGAGCUUCCUGUUGGACCUGGCAUCCCUGAUGCCCACAGAUGCGGCCUACGUGCAGCUGGGCUUGCACACCCCUAUGCUGAGGCUGAACCGAUUUCUGCGUGUGCCCCGCCUCUUUGAGGCCUUUGACCGCACAGAGACCCGCACGGCUUACCCAAAUGCAUUUCGCAUCACCAAACUGAUGCUUUACAUUUUUGUUGUUAUCCAUUGGAAUAGCUGCCUAUACUUUGCCCUAUCCCGGUACCUGGGCUUCGGGCGUGACGCCUGGGUGUACCCUGAUCCCGCACAGCCUGGCUUUGAGCGUCUGCGGCGCCAGUACCUCUAUAGCUUUUACUUCUCCACCCUGAUCCUGACCACUGUGGGCGAUACACCACUGCCAGCACGGGAGGAGGAGUAUCUCUUCAUGGUGGGUGACUUCCUGUUGGCCGUCAUGGGUUUUGCCACCAUCAUGGGUAGCAUGAGCUCUGUCAUCUACAAUAUGAACACUGCAGAUGCGGCUUUCUACCCAGACCAUGCACUGGUGAAGAAGUACAUGAAGCAGCAGCACGUCAACCGCCGGCUGGAGCGGCGAGUUAUUGACUGGUACCAGCACCUGCAGAUCAACAAGAAGAUGACCAAUGAGGUAGCCAUCUUACAGCAUUUGCCUGAGCGGUUGCGGGCCGAAGUGGCUGUGUCUGUACACCUGUCUACUCUGAGCCGGGUGCAGAUCUUCCAGAACUGUGAGGCCAGCCUGCUGGAGGAGCUGGUGUUGAAGCUGCAGCCCCAGACCUAUUCACCAGGCGAAUAUGUCUGCCGCAAGGGGGACAUUGGCCGGGAGAUGUAUAUCAUCCGUGAGGGUCAGUUGGCCGUGGUGGCAGAUGAUGGUGUCACUCAGUACGCUGUGCUUGGUGCAGGGCUCUACUUUGGGGAGAUCAGCAUCAUCAACAUCAAAGGAAACAUGUCUGGGAACCGCCGCACAGCCAACAUCAAGAGUCUAGGUUAUUCAGACCUGUUUUGCCUGAGCAAGGAGGACCUGAGGGAAGUCCUGAGCGAGUAUCCACAGGCCCAGGUCGUCAUGGAGGAAAAGGGCCGUGAGAUCCUGCUCAAAAUGAACAAGUUGGAUGUAAAUGCCGAGGCAGCCGAGAUUGCCCUACAGGAAGCCACAGAGUCCCGGCUGCGAGGCCUUGACCAGCAACUCGAUGAUCUACAGACCAAGUUUGCUCGCCUCCUGGCUGAGCUGGAGUCCAGUGCACUCAAGAUUGCUUAUCGCAUCGAACGGCUAGAGUGGCAGACUCGAGAGUGGCCAAUGCCUGAGGAACUGGCUGAGGCUGAUGAUGAGGGCGAGCCUGGGGAGGGAACCUCUCAGGGUGGAGAGGGCAGGAGUGCCCAGGAGGGACCUUCAGACCCAGAGUGACCCCAUUCUUAUCUCUAGGACCCCAAUCUCCAAGGGAAUCCAGAGUUGUAGGAAAAUCUGCCUGCAGAAACUCUGCCAUCCUGUCUGCUAGGUACAGAGAUAGGAAUGAGUUGGGGGUAUAGAUGCUCACUUAGAAGUAAAAGAGUAUAGCAUCCAUUCAUCCCCCACUCACCAGCACACACACACACACACACACACACAGUUGAAUGUACACAUACUGCCCCCCAAGACUGCAUUCCAUAUAAAAUUCUCUGGAGUUUCCAUUUUCAGAACGCAUAUCCUUUCUCACAAACAUAGGUAUGUCUAAUACCCACAUAACAUACAUACAUCCAUUCAUGCACCUCAUAAAGACACAUAUAGUGAGACACACACCAACAGACACACAGAUGCCUUCCACAGGUGUGCAUACCCUUGUGAACACAUAAAAACACACCCAGAGCCCUCUUCUUCCAAGAUAUCCUUUAAAUGCCUCCCAAUGGGAAGUUCACAAAUGUAGCCUGCAGGUUUUACUUCAAUAAAGUAUUUUCCUCCUCCCUAAGCAUUAUGGGGGUGACAGGAAAAGGCAAAGCCAAUGGUGGGUCAGAAUGAAUUCUGUCUGAAUUCUGAGUCAUGGGGGUGAAGGGCAUG